CGAACGACCGCAUACUUCCAGUGGAGGAACUCACAAACAAUAUUAAACAAACCCUCACAGAGCUUGAAAUCAUCGUUUUGUCGUUCCACUUACAGACACAUAGACAAAAGCACAACCAUCAUGUCAAUGUCAGCGGCGCAGGCAAGGGUAGCUCUUCAAGAGGUGAUGCAAUACGCGGAGGAGAGCAUCCACUAUGAUGACGAAGGGGAACUUCGACUACUCACGGAGAGAGUGUCGAGUUACUUCGAUGUCAGAGUGAACAUUCGUGCAAGCAUCGCUACGAACGGAGANGAUGACGAAGGGGAACUUCGACUACUCACGGAGAGAGUGUCGAGUUACUUCGAUGUCAGAGUGAACAUUCGUGCAAGCAUCGCUACGAACGGAGAGGAGUCGCUCAGAGCACGGAUAGAAGGGAUGUCCGAUGAAGGGGACGUGGAUAUGACAAAGCAGCAGAAGGGUGGGACAUACAUGCCAGCCGAUUUCAAGCAGAUGCUGAUGACACAGGCGAAGAAAUGGGGAAUGCUUGUUGAAGAUUCUAAGGACGAGAUGAAGAGCGGUGCAACAGAAAUUUUAGUACUCUCGCGUUUGAAGGACAUACCGCAAGCUACCCCGCAAGACUUCCAAGAUCUUCCAAUAAUUUUUGCAAACGGGGUGGAGUAUGUUUUACUCGACCAACUAGUGGAUUUCAUGAAAAAGAAACCUUACGAUCGGAAUGUCAUACAUGAGGCAUUGCAUGAUGUGACAGAGCAAGCACUGGCGGGCAAGGACCUCAUUAACUACAGGGUGCGGAGUGUAGACGAGGAUGUCGUAUGUGGUACUCCAUUGUGGGAWGGAAUAUUCAUGGCAACUUUGCAUCGCCUCAGCAUUGCGACUUCUGAGGUGGACAGAAAGAGGUCAAGGGAAGAAGGAUGAAAGUUGGUGGCCAGGGAAGCAGAUGUUGCACUUCAUGCAGCAGAUGGACACACUUCAGCAGGGGAAGAAAUUGUGAGAAUAGUCUCCAUCGUGCGUUCUCCAAUAAACACAAUGUCCACGG